AUGGAAUUCUCCUCUAUUAUGGGAAGAAGACCUUUACGCAUUAUUCGUCUUCCUGAAAGAUACCGCGAUGGUAUUGACGUAACCAAUCCAUGUACAUCGAAGCCUGCCGCAUCAGCCAUUCUUCUUACUAUUGAACCUGAUCACAGCGCAUUUACCAAUUCUUCAGGUGCCGGACCAUAUCACCAUAGUACCCCCUCGCCCAGUACCACGACCUCUUCUUUACCUAACGAUACGCCAACAACUCCCACUUCGUCCACGAGAAGAGGUGGUGCAGCCUGGAGGAAAGAAGUUAGGGCAACGUUAAAGCAAGUCGAUCAAAUAGUACAGAACCGGCGUCCCGUCCAGGCAGCAAGUCCACCUCACAUGCAAGCAGCGCGUCCUCUUCGUCGAACGGAUCGGCACCCGGUCUACACAACUGAGGAUGAGUACGACAUCACAUCUCCAGGGUUCGGACUGAAACAUACACCAGAGUGGGAGGACAUGGAUAUAGAUAUUGAUGAUGAGUCGCAACCGAGGUGGUUUCCUGGUGACGGUGUUUCCGCAUCAACCUACGAAGAUCUCACCGAUGCUUGCAAGUUGAUGAUGGUCCAUGAGCUCACCAAGCAGAUGAGUUUUAAGUCGAUGGUCUCUUGGUUGCAGCUUAGCGAUACACAGCUGAUCGACUUCGUCAGAAUAUAUGAGAUCCAAUAUCAGGGUAAUAUCGAGGAAGAGAGGUUGACAUUAAUCGCGAUGAGUCAUUUGAGUGCGAUUAGAAAGGUGCGAGAAGAGCAGUUACCUGGUGGUCUCGAAAUUAACAAUAUUGAGAGCCCUACUGUUAUUCCUCCGGAAGAUUUCCCACCAUUCCAAGUCAUUCAAGAAGUCACCGAGGCAAUGAGUCGCUACACCAAGCUUGGAGUUGAAUGCGAGUGGGAUCUCGAUCACGACAUUGGAUUGCGUCAGUACAUUGAGCAUGAGACCGAACUUGCAGCAGGUGUUAAUGGGAUUGUGAUCUCUGAUGAUGAGGAAGUUGAAAAGGCCGAAGAGCCCGCUCGGCGUAUUAUCAGCCGCCCUAAGAAGAAAGGCCGUCAAUUCGCCAAUAAGCCAGUAGGGAAAAGGGCUGAUCUUUUGAAAUUAAAAUUACCAUCGAAGCUUCAGCAAAUGGAGAGUGUUGACUGUGAGGACGAGGUUGAGUCUUGA